AUGAGUCAAGCGGCGGCAGCGGCAGAUGCAACUGAUAGGAAUGUAGAAAUCUGGAAGGUUAAGAAACUUAUUAAGAGUUUGGAAGCUGCUAGAGGGAAUGGAACUUCUAUGAUCUCUCUUAUCAUUCCCCCUAAGGAUCAGAUUUCUCGUGUGGCAAAAAUGUUGGCAGAUGAAUAUGGAACUGCUUCUAACAUUAAAUCUCGGGUAAAUCGUUUAUCUGUGUUGGCUGCUAUCACGUCAACACAACAAAGAUUGAAACUGUACACCAAAGUUCCAACCAAUGGACUUGUCGUUUACUGUGGUACCAUUGUUACUGAUGAAGGAAAGGAAAAAAAGGUUAACAUUGAUUUUGAACCUUUUAAAGCCAUCAACACUUCCCUCUAUCUAUGCGAUAACAAGUUUCACACAGAAGCUUUAUCCGAAUUGUUGGAAUCGGAUAACAAGUUUGGAUUCAUUGUAAUGGAUGGUAACGGUGCUUUAUUCGGUACAUUGAGUGGUAAUACCAGGGAAGUCAUCCAUAAAUUUCAAGUCGAAUUACCUAAAAAACAUGGUAGAGGUGGUCAGUCAGCUUUGCGUUUUGCUCGUCUUCGUGAAGAAAAGCGACACAACUACGUUCGUAAAGUCGCCGAAUUGGCAGUUCAAUUCUUUAUUACAAACGAUAAAGUCAAUGUUACUGGACUUAUUUUAGCCGGUUCCGCUGAUUUCAAGACUGAAUUGUCUCAAUCAGAUAUGUUCGAUGUGCGUCUUCAAACAAAAGUUAUCAAAUUGGUCGACGUUUCUUAUGGAGGAGAGAAUGGUUUCAAUCAAGCGAUUGAGCUUGCCGCUGAGAGUUUAGCAAAUGUCAAAUUCAUUCAAGAAAAGAAGCUCAUUUCGAAAUACUUUGAUGAAAUUUCCCAAGACACUGGCAAGUUCUGCUUUGGUGUUGAUGAUACUCUAAAAGGUUUAGAAUUAGGUGCUGUCGAAACUUUAAUCGUUUGGGAAAACUUGGAUGUGUCUCGUUAUGUCCUGAAAAAUUCCAGUGGUGCGGAAAUUGUUGUUCAUAUGACCAAGGAACAAGAAAAAGAACGUUCUCUCUUUCUUGAUAAAGAGACGGGUAUUGAUAUGGAAGUUGCGGAUCGCAUGCCACUCUUAGAGUGGUUUGCGGACCACUACAAAGAUUUUGGCGCCACCUUGGAAUUUGUAACCAAUCGUUCCCAGGAAGGUUCGCAAUUCGUUAAAGGAUUUGGUGGGAUUGGUGGCUUGCUCCGUUACAAGGUCGAUUUUGACACUUUGAAUUACGAUAGCGAAGAGGAUG